AUGGCUGAAUCUCCAUCACGGCAUCUUGGAUUUGGCAAUUCUGGGAAGAGUUUUCUUAUCGAUAAUUUGCUUUGCCCAGACAGUAAAUCACCCCCUGCCCAGGUCAUACCUGCUGCCAGCCAGAAAAGAUGCCUUUCUACGGUGAUGUGUGGGCCACUGGGACUGGCUCCUAAAACUUCCUGGGUGCCUUCACAUGGGGUUCAGCCGAGUAACACACCCCACGAGAAGGAGAGAGAGACACUCAAGACACAUUCAGCAGUGUUGCGCGGUGUGCUGCUGUGUGCUUCUCCUCUCGUUCACCCAUGUUAUGGUGGCUCCAGCCCACUGACGUGCUCUCCUUCUCUUCUCUGCAAAGGGACAAGCCCAGCAGUAUGGAGUUCAGGCCCAUGCCCUAAGCAACAUAGAGGAAUCCUGAGGAGAGCUGUGUUCUCUGAGCAGCAGAGGAGAGAACUUGAGAAAACGUUCCGCAGACAGAAAUAUAUCAGCAAGACAGAUCGCAACCGACUGGCCACAGAACUCUGUCUGAAGGAAACACAGGUAAAGAUCUGGUUCCAGAACCGCAGAAUGAAGUGGAGGAACUCGAAGGAGAGAGAAAGCCUGAGUUCACGGCCACCUAUGGAAGAGCUUCUGCUUAGGAGCGUCCCAGAAAAAGGAGAAAAGUGGCAUACACAAACAUUCCCCAGAGGAGGGCGCCACACAUCCCAAACACCUGGUGACAAACACUUGAAAAAUCACACACAUCUGGCUGCUAAUAAUGUUCAGAGAUAA